AAAAAAAGGGAUCAUUAUCUCAUUACAUGUUCAACAUUUCAUGUUUGGCAUGCAUGUAGAGUUAUGUGGUUUAAUAGUACAAGUAUGAAGUGGAUGGUUGUGCACAAACCAGUUAGACAUAAGACGGCAAGAUUGUUCUUUACAACCAUUUUAAUUACUUUUAAUAAUUUGCCAUGUGUCAAAGGUCUUAAAUGUCGCCAAAAUGGUGGCAUUGUUCGAUGUUGUACCAAUUUCAGGGAGGUGGGAGAUACAUGCCUUCCUUGUAUAGGAUCCUUUGGUGUCAACUGUACCGGUGGUACUUGUGUGGAAGGAUUCUAUGGGUUUGGCUGUAGAGAGAAAUGCAACUGUAGCAUACAUGAAGUUUGUGACCACAGAAUAGGAUGUCAAAAGAAAGCCUCCAGCACUAAAACAGGCAAGCUGAUUCUAUGGCUAAAAGUAAUACGUAAAUUGUUCUAUUUUUCUAUAUUUUAUCUUUCACAAACAAACUGA